AUGUCAGACAAUGACGGUCUACGACAUCGCGGUCCCUCGAAGGCCAACGAUACCGUCAAACCAGUAAAUUCGAAUCCCGCGCAGCGUAUACAGAAAGACGAUGAUGGUCCGGGCAUCUCCCUCCUCGACAUCCUCCGCAUCCUCCUUACACUCGUCAUCCUUUCAUGCGCCUUGUCCUACUACCUAACACCAACCUCCUCCCUCAUCUGGGGCUACUCGGCCUGGUUUACCAACCCAAAGGCUGUCGUUCAAUACUUCCAAGGCCCGGUGGUGCUCACACUCGAAGAACUAUCACAGUACAACGGCACGGACUUCUCUAGACCCAUAUACCUAGCAAUAAACAGCACAAUCUUCGACGUAUCCGCCUCGCCCCAAACCUACGGCCCCGGCGGCUCCUACUCUGUCUUCGCUGGCCGCGACGCCACACGCGCCUUCGUCACUGGCUGUUUCGCCGAUGACACUACCAGCGACCUACGGGGCGCUGAAGAGAUUUACUUGCCCGUGGAGGAUGUGGAGGAUGAAGGUCUGAGCAGUGGGGAGAAGAAGGUCAGGGCGGAGAGGGAGAGGAGGGAGGCGAGAAGGAGGGUGAGGGGGGAGGUUGAGCAUUGGGUACAGUUCUAUAAGGGGAAUGCGAAGUAUUUUGAGGUUGGACGGGUGGUGCAAGAAACGAAAGAGGAUGAAGGUCCUCCACCGGUGCUGUGUGAGGUCGCGCAGAAGGGACGGCCGAAACGGAGUAAGAUGAAUAGUGGCAAGAACAAGAAGCAGGCAGCGCCGGGAAAGCCGGUACAGUAG